AUGCGUCUUACAACUGCCCUCUUCGCCUUGGCCGCCCUCGUCGGCACUGCCUCCAGCCGCUUCCUUCUCGUGGGGUCUCAAACCAGCGGCGCGACCACCAACGACCCCGUGGGCAUUUCCAUUUACCGCACCGACGCCGCGGGUGGAUUGACCAAGAUCGGCCAAGAAACUGGCUCCACCACGGGCGGCGAGCCGACGUACUUUGCCUUGUCCAACGACCAAAAGUACUUGUACGUGACCAACGAACUCGGCAACGGCAGGCUCACCGCGUUUCGUGUACGUCGCGACAACAACGACGGCGGCGUCAACUGCGAAGAUGACAGCAACAACGAAGAUGACAACAAGGACAAUCUGUCCCUCGACCUUCUCGGCUCGACCGCCACCAACACCAAGGGCCCCGUGCACGUGGUGCUCACCAACGACAACAAAUACGCUAUCGUCGCGAGCUACAGCGACGGGUCGGUGGUUGUGUUCAAGCUCAACCAGAACAGCACUGUUGGCGAGAUCGUGGACAAGGUACAGUUCAAGGGUGGAGCCGCGUCGUAUGGGACCCAAUCAGGCCCCCAUGCCCACUGCGUGGCCCUGAGCAAAGACAACUCGUACUUGUACGUGACGGACUUGGGCAACGAUAAGAUUAUGCAGUUCAAGCUCAACAAGGGCAAGCUCACCGCCAACGGCUUCGUGGACACUGGUCGGGGGACGCUGCCCCGUCACUUAGCCGUGCACCCGAACGGUGACGUCAUCUUCUUGAUCACUGAGAGGACGAACGAGUUGGUCCGCUACGAAGUGCAAUCGAACGGCCAGCUGUACAAGCCGGAGGCCGUGAAAACGUCGGAGAAGAAGGGCAAACAGUACGGGGCUGCCGUGCACGUCACGAAAGACGGCAAGUUCGUGCUCGUGUCCAACCGCGGCCUCGGCAAUAGCGAAAACAGCGAAAACAACAUCGUGGUCUUCGACGCCGCCACGUUGGAGCGCGUGUCCACGGGUCUCCUCCCCGUGGGCGCGUACCCCCGCGACUUUACAAUCAGCGACGACAACAUCGUGUACGUGGGCAACCAACACGCGAACAAAAUUGUGAGCUUCCGCCUGCUCGAGAACGGCGCCCUCGUCUCCACCGGCACUAACUUUGCCGUGCCCAAACCCGUCGUGUUGUUGACCCUCUAA